UCGUCAUCAAACGUCUUGUUUCGUCGCCAAAAAUCCUAGCAGCGUCCAAAUCCUCAACCUGGAGACGUCGGAAACCCUAGGCGACAGUCACGCCGGAAGCUGCGUCGUCGGAAGCCAUAUCCGAUGAAGUCGGAACCAUCGGAAGCCCUCUCCGCCCUGUUCGCAGCAAACCAACGAACGAGAUGGAAUCGACUUGACGGCGAAGGAAUCGUCGGAGCCGGCCUCGUAACAGCAGUAAACAACGCCGAAUAGGUCCCGUUCGAUCUCCUCGCGCGCACGAUACUUUCUGUUCGAAGCCAUUGGUGUGCUCAUCUGCCGUCAACAGUGCCUACGGUUCCCCCGUCGCUGGUGGCCACCAUCACUGCGCCUCAGUCGCCGCCGUGAGUCAAGCUGCGAUCUAGCCGGAAACUACCGCGCCUUCACUGCUUCCUCUUGCUGCUGCACUGUUCAGGUUUCUUGAGUCUUCUCAACAUUCACUCAAUUUCCUAUAGCCCUCCUUAGCCUCCUUCGCCUUGCUAUUUGUUUCCUUUCCCAUGACCCCCAACAAACAUGAACAGCCUUCCUCCACUUCACUGACUGAUCUUCAGUCAUUACAAAGUUCAGUAAAAUCCAUUGAAACCUGAUUGAACAAUCUCGAGAGUCUUUCAAAUAUGAUGGGAAUCCUUAUUGAGCAGAUGACACAGGUCCUCAAAAUACUAGGUUCUGCAUCACAACCAGACAAGAAGCAUGGUGAAACUCUUUGAUUCUCACUGUCACCUCCAGGACCCAAGAAUCCUCAACAUAGCGCCCCAACUAAUUAGAACAGCCCUUGAUUCUGGUGUAGUUCAUUUUGUUGUCAAUGGAAUCUCUGAGAAAGACUGGGAUUUGGUCAAACAGAUAGGUGAAUCUUAUGAGUGUGUGGUUCCAUGCUUUGGGGUCCAUCCCUGGUGGGUUGCUGAGCGGUCUCCCAACUGGUUGAACACUUUGAAGCAAUUUUUCAAGUCUACUCCCUCUGCUGCAGUUGGAGAGAUUGGUUUGGACAAAGGUAAAAGGGGAAGGGAGAUUGAUUUCAAUGAUCAAAUUGAAAUUUUCCAGCAACAACUUGAACUUGCAAAAGAGUUGAGAAGGCCUGCAUCUGUUCACUGUGUUCGUGCUUUUGGUGAUCUUCUUCAGAUAAUGAAAUCUACAGGGCCUUUCCCUGAUGGGGUGAUAUUGCAUUCUUUCUUGGGUUCGGCUGAGAUGGUACCUGAGCUUGCAAAGCUUGGUGCAUACUUUUCAUUCUCUGGGUUUCUUUUGUCCAUGAAAGAAAGCAAGGCAAAGAAAAUGCUGAAAUCAGUGCCCGCAGAAAGGAUCUUAUUGGAGACAGAUGCUCCUGAUGCCCUCCCAAAGUCAAAUAAUUCAGAUUCUCUGUUUUUGGUUGAAGCAGAGAAUUCUGUCCUAGAAGAAAUUCAGGUCCAACAAGGAAAUCUUAAUUUAAAUGAUGUCAAUCCCUCUAAUAAUCAGUCCCAACAUCCAAGAGAUGAAUCGGGACAGCAAAAAGCAGCACUCAAUCAUCCAGCUAACAUCCAUCUUGUGCUCAAGUAUGUCGCAUCUUUACUUGAGAUGACUGAAAAAGAACUUGCAGAUCUAAGCUACAGAAAUGCAGUUCGCCUGUUCUCUUAUGGAGGCUCAAAAGUAACACUGGAAGAUUAAGUUGCCUCUGAUCUCAAAUAAGAAUUGGGAGCCCAGAAGACAAGCUUUCUGCUUCGGGCUUCUGAUCUCAAAUAAGAAUUGGAAGCACAGAAUACAAGUUUUCUGCUUGAAAUAUGGGAACCAUCGCCCCAUGCCAUUGUAGGUAAAACCAAAUUCCAGUUCUGAAACUGUGAAAUACGAAGUCUCUUCAGUUUCGUAGCCGCUGUAACUACUUGUAUUAAUUUAUACCAGAGCUUUCCUUUUCCUAUGCAUAUACACUAGUGCUUGUAUGCAUUCUCCAGCUUAAAUGGUUUUAAUAUGUGGAUUCUAUACCUUGUCAAAAGCUUCAGUUUCUUGAACUGUCCCUGCAAGCAGGUGAUUGUACUUACUCUUCUUGGUUUGUGGUUUAAUGAUGAGCUGCUAUUUGAGAGUUCUCAUGUUUGCAUGUUACUGUACUGUUUCUCUAGGGUUAAUCAGGCAUACACAAUACAUUUACAUCUGGUUAAAACCGGCCGAGAAUGCAGAUCAAGUUGGUCUAAUUGCAUUUAAAUUCGAGAAUUAGCAGCUUCAUGACAGUGACUAAUGUUUGAAGAAUGGCUCAGCAGGACUGCUGCACUUGGCAAAAAGAGAAAAUAAAAGCUCAGCCUGAUAAGAUGAACAAACUUGAGCAGUGAUUAAAAAUGAUCAAGUCAAAGUUCCCAUGCUCCCCUCAUUUCAACAAGCAAAUCAGAAAAUCUGUUCAAAAUUGUGACCCUAAAGCAUGGAAGACAAGCAAGCUCCUUGAUUCUUCCAACAGUCACAAAUAACUGCUCAUAAGAAAUGCCAGAAGGUUAUUGGAGCAGAAAGUAUGGUACAACCGAUGGGGGAAUACAUCACGAUCAGAUGAAAACAAGAGACGCCAUGAUACAAACAAAACCAGUAGUACAAACAGCAGCAGAACCAAAAUAGCAGUUUCAUCACCAUACUCGUGUCUUAUAGACAUUAAAGAAAAGAGGAAACAUAUCCAAAG